AUGUCCAACGCUUCAAUCGUGAUACCCCGUCCAGGGACAGUGAAUUUCGACUCAAACGUACAAUCAAUCCAAGCUCCACCCGAAACCUCCUUCGUCGCAACAUUCGGCCAACUCCUCCCCCCGGUCUCAUACUUCCAGACCCCAAAUGGCAGAGCAGCAUACUACAAGCUCCCAUAUGAAGCUCCCAAAUCCGCAGGCACGGGGCCAAUCUCCCGAGUUCUAUACGUACACGGUGUUCAAACACCCGCAAUCGGCCUGCAACCAUUAGCUAGCGCGCUAUCUUCCCGCUUCCCACAUGCUCAAUGUGUACUCAUUGACCUAUGGGGUCACGGACUCACAGACACACCGAUAACACCACAUGACGCAGCACUCUUUCAUGGAUUGUUGGAAGCACUGAUGGUGCAUCUCCAGUGGGAAAAUGCGCACUUUGUAGGAUAUUCGUUCGGCGGGUCCACAACGGCUACUUUCGCGGCUAAAUACCCCGAACGUGUAGCGUCUAUGGUACUAUGUGCGCCUGCGGGUCUAUACCGUUCUGUGAAAUUUGGAGAGAAGGAACUGAGUUACUUGCGUGGGGGUGAGGGGUUGGAGGAGGAGGCGAGAGAUUGGAUCUGGGAGUUGCUGGAAGGAGGGAAAUUGGUUGUUCCUUCUGAUUGGAAGGAGAGGGUUGAUCAUGGUGAGGUUGUUGCAGCGGCUGUGAAGGAUUGGCUGUUGAGAGAGCAUAAAGGCUAUUUGGCAAGCGUGGUGGGGAUUUGGAGGGAUGGUGGUGUUCUAGACAGACAUGCUCAAUUUAAGGAGGCGGCAAAGAAAGGUAUUCCAAAUCUAUGUAUUCUGGGGGAGCUUGAUGGAGUGUGCAGCGUGCAAGACUUGAGUGAGGUUGGGAUGCAUAAUGUCACUGUUGUCCCACAGGUCGGUCAUCCACUUGUGAGAGAAAGGGUGCCAGAGGUAUCUCGACUUAUCGAGGAUUUCUGGACCAAGCUUUAG